UAUGAGAUCAUUAACAAAGCAUUUGUGCAAUUAACCACAAGCAACAGCAGGGUUCUUGCACCGUUAGACAGCUAGUUACAAACAAACGCAGUGCGUCGAAGGAUAACGUUACAGUGUUCAAGUGUUGACAAAAAUUUGUGAAAAAAUGAAAAUUCAAAUCACAUUACUUUUGAUCGGCUGCGCCGCAUCCGCAGUGUUUGCUGCACCACAAGCGCAGGGUGAGGCAGGUGCAUCAAUUGUUAGUCAAGAAUCGAAUAUUGAACCAGACGGCUCUUAUAACUACAACUAUGAAACCUCUAACGGCAUUAAGGGCGAGGAGACCGGCACCCUGAAGAAGGCCACCUCACCGGACACCAGCGAUGUGAUCAUUGCGCGCGGCUCUGUCAGCUACACCUCGCCAGAGGGCAAUCUGAUCACGCUCAACUAUGCUGCCGACGAUGAGAAUGGCUUCCAGCCACAAGGCGAUCAUCUGCCCACACCACCACCAAUCCCACCAGCAAUCCAGAGGGCACUCGACUACUUGCUCAGCUUGCCCCCAGCGAAGCGUCGUUAAGCAUUUCAACCGCAAGCGAUAGUGGCAUGCGAAAGAAAAGCGAAAACCACAAAAAGAUUUUCUUUCGCACUGCACACAUACACACACUGCAAUAAUGUGACAACACAACUAUUCUAAAAAUCCAUUCCUCUAAUAUCCUUAUCAAUAUCUUCUUUGCCAUGAUAAUCCUUCGAAAUGAUUGCUGUACUAUACUAAAAAGCCUCAAAUAUGUAAAUACUUAGACAAGCCCUUACUUAGGGAUGAAUGUGGACACGUUGCUUAUACGUAUAAAAAUUAAAAAAUUCAAUUACAAACACUCACACACACACAUACAAAGACGCGUUAUGCACACACAAAGGGUAUGGAAAAAGAAAUCUUGCAACAUAGCACGCGUGAGUUGAAGCACUGUGUAGCGAGCUAAUGUGCAAAUGUAUGCAAAGAAAAGCUUCGAAUAAACUACUAAGUACACUGACUGAAUGAACCGUUAAAUAUAAUAAACAAAAAACUAUAAUAAUCAAAUAUACAAAACAAAACACAUAAAAAAUAUAUUAAUAAUAUAGUAGUUAUCAACUGGCAUUUGCUCACUACUCCCACUACUCUUAGCAAAUGUAAAAAAUACUCACUCCACUUCAGUUUGCUUCAACUUCCGUUGUGUGCACCGCAUCCUACACGCCUUAGCUAUGCCUACAAUGAUACUCAGCAUUUCACUGCACUACGAAAGUCAACCACAAUAUUACUAAAAGUUUAAUACAAAUACAACAUAUCACCAGCAUGCUCUACGCUCUCUUCAAAAUUUACUCUUUUGCUGUCCUUUUUGCACUUUCACAGCACAAUCUCUCUAAUUUCGCACAUAUCCCUUGAGUUCUCAAUUACUCUCACUUAGUUAAUCACUAUCGACUUUCUCUCUUCCGCUGUUCUUAAUUGUUUUUG